AUGUCGGACGAACAAAUCUCGCUGCCAUUCUUUGCCAUUGUCUUGCUUGUCUCGGGCCUGAUAGUGCGGUACCUUUUCUUCUCGGGACCGCGCCCCGAACGGCCGCCGACGAGGACAGCAGAGCAGAUAUUCAGAUCCAGAGAGGUGGCGGUACAGAGGAUACAGCAGAUGUUUCCGCAGGUCGAGCGACGGAGCAUUCUGUGGGACCUUCAGCGAAACGGUGGCAACAUCCAGAGCACCACAGAGCGGAUUCUGGCAGGCCGACUGGAAACGCCUCCGAUUACUUUCCAACCACCACCUCCUCGAAACCAAACCCCCCCUAGUGGAAGCUCCGGUCCCGCGACGAAGCAGCCCGAGAAGCCAUCUCAGCCAGAUCUGAUUACACGCUACAACUUGAAGAGCAAGAUUGACGAGGGAGCCGCCACGGAAGAGAAGAAGGAGAGCGAGGAGGACAAGAAGGGCAAGGGCUGGAGCUCCAACCGUGACGAACGGCAGAGCGCUCUGCAGCGGCGAAGGGAUGAGAUGAUUCUGGCGGCGAGACGGAAAAUGGAAGCCAAGAUUGCGGCGGAGAAGGCUGCUCAAGGAUCU